CGCAGUCUGCCGGCGUCCAGUCGAGUCGCAGUCGCGCCCUUCCCUCUAUCAUCGCCCGAUUUUCCCGCGAUUUCUGGUUUGUUUGUGAAUAUAACCGGGCCGGUCCGGCGCGGCCGGUUGACAUUACACCCGGUUUAUGGUUCUAGUGCGUGGGCCGGCCGCCGCACCGUGCGGGAGGCGCUAUAGGCUUACAUGAGACAGUAACCAGCGUGAGUAAUGCGUCCUUGAACUUUAUUAUCAAUGGUUGAAGCUUUUUGUCACCAACGCACAUGAUAGGCAGUUUUGUUUGUGUGUUUCUGCAAACCACAAACUACUUAUGAUGGAUGAAUCAUAACAAAAGCCCGCACUGACUAUAGCCAGCUCAUGAACGCAGUACUCACGUGUAGGCCGAGGGAUGAGUGCAGUGUAGGAUGCCGCAAUGUACCCGUGUUCGCCGUACGUCCCGUGUACCGACCGUGCCGUGGGUCUCGCUACGGUCGCGUAGCCUCAGCGGUCGUCUACGGUCCAGGACUGUCAAGCACUUGACCCAAGCUCCGGUCCUCAAGCGCCGCAAACCCAAGCGUAAACCUAAGCGUCUUCCCACCAUCGAUCCCAUAGAAGAGGAGAGUUUCCUGUACGGCCACGCCUUUGAUGUUCUCCUGGCCCUUGGUCUGGUGCCGAGUCAGCAGCGCAGAGAGCAGGAGGACGCGCUCACUCUCAGCCUCAACAGGAUGCAUGUGAUGGAAGGAGAGAGUGAGAAGUGUUCAGAGAUGGUCGCUGAAAGUGCUCCCGAGCUGGUCACAUCCAAAACAACCAUUCUGGAGCUAAAAUUGGGCAAAGAGGAUCUACCAUCGGCCGAGCCGGGAGUGCCAGAACCCCCCACAGAGCUACUCACAUCUGUGGAACCACUAGUCAAUGGAACUAAUGGAAACCUCGAGGAGGAGAAAAGUGACUCUUGCGACAAAGACAAGCCAGCGGAGCCGGUGGUGAGCGUGAACGGGGACAGUGAGGAAAACAGUGCUAGUGUGGAGUGUAGAACUAAAGAGGAUAGUGCGAAGGAGGAGAAGGAUGAUGCCAAAGAAAUAAAGGAAGUGAAGGAAGCAAAGGAAAAAAAGGAAGUGAAGGAGGUGGAGCUGAAGGAGAGCAGUGGAGGAUGCAGUGAGGAGGAAGACAGACAGAGUGUCACAAGUAGUCAGAGCAGGAAAAGAGCAGCAUUAACUGAAGUGGAAGGAGAGGGUGAGAACUCUAGCAGUGAGAGUGACGGAGGAAGCAAGAGGCAAAGGUUGGAACCAGAUGAUGGGGAAGAUGAAAGAGAGAGGCUGGUGAGGGAGUAUGUGGAGGAGUGUACUGAGAGUGUGGACGAGAUGAAUCGAGCAGCAGACAAGCUGCAGAGAGAGAUUGGAGCCCUCGGAGAACUGCUGAGAGCCAAGGAGCUAGAGUGGAACAGUAUUUUGCGACUGAGAAAACUCAAAGAGGAGAUGUUAGAAAGGCUGUUGCGUAGAAGGAGACUGGCCAGUGUGUUGUCAGAGAAUGGAAUAAGAGAAGAACAGCCUCCAAACAAUGUGAGCAACAAACCGAAAGUCAUUAACAUCAACAACACUCAUCAACCACCGAGUUCGUCAGGUAACACAAACAACGGGAGUUUGAUGAUGGUUCCAAUAGUGUCGUCAGGUCCAGGACCCUACGGACGGGGUCCCCCCCGCCUGCCAGAGCCCCGCAGCAUGGCCCCGCGACCUCAGCAGCGACCCAUCCUGCCCAAACCGGGACCUCAGGAACCUAUCGUUGGAGAAGGAAGGCAAGGGCCAAUCCUUGAUGUUAAAUCCAUCAUCGCGGACUAUAGGUCUCGACACCCAGAGAACGUGCCCCGCCGAGGUCGUAGGAUGCGGGGGCCGGAGGGGGGCUCAGGUCCCCCCCCUGCUGUCAACACCAGGAUAUCUGGUAGCCCAGCCCUAAUGAGCAUGGCUAACAUGGCCCUCGGCUCCGGCUCCCAUGUCAGGGAGAACCCUCCUUUCAUGGGUCAGGAUAGUUCGAGGCCGUCGAGUGCAGACUCCUCACGUGGUAGCCAUCACUUAGACAUGCUCUCAGGCCCAGGCUCUGGUGGCUUGAGUUUUAAAGAUGCUCUUGUCCAAUUUGCCAAAAUGUCCCAACCCAACAAGCCACCACCUCCUCCCCCUCCCUACCCCGAGGUGACACUUCACCCUGUCUCUGCUCCUCACUCACCUCCGGCCCCACCUCCACACUCCUCUCUAUUGCAUGGUAUACUGACCAAGUCCAACCCGGGUCCCAGAGCUACCACUUUCUCACCCACCCUUGCCCGUCUACUCACUGCCCCUGAGAGGAACCCCACUUCUGCUCCCUUACCUCCAACACCUACCUUCCGACCACCGCACCAUCACGUGCCCCCCCACCAACGCGGAGUCAACAUUUCAGAAAUACUCUCCUCAUCCAAGAAAAAUCGAAAUGAAAUCACCAUCACCCCUGUUUCGGGAUCAAAUAAAACCAAAGAUGAUGUUGUCAUGCUGCAAGAUGAAGAUGAAGAAGGUGAUGGUGAUCGUCUGAUCAUAGACGAGGGGAGAGACUCUGGCAGUGCAGCAGGUCCGGGGGGAGAACUGCCGGAGAAUGUACCUCAAUGUCAGGGCUGCCACCAGCGGGCAGCACAGUUUGUGUGUGCUGGCUGCGGCAACCAGUGGUACUGCAGCCGAGACUGUCAGGUGAAUGCGUGGGAGGAACACUCAGAGAUGUGUUCAGGUUGAAGAUCCUCGGCUGACCAAUGAUGUGCCAAACGAUCUCACCCCCCUUUCCUUCCUUCAACCUUUGUAAAUUAUUGUUACCAGACCCAGUUCCCUGACCAUAUUGAUAAACAGUCUGUGUAUUUGUAAGUUAUAGUAUUGAACACCGGUAUUGUUAACUAGUUAGAGUCAGUACCAGCUUUAUUUAUUGUAAUAAAGCCUAUAUUUAAGCUGAA